CAAGGAUAUUUCCAAAGUGCUGAGUCCAGAUUUUUAAGGUUAUGACUGAGGAGCUAUAAGAGAAGAGGAGCUAUUUUUUUUCCUGAUUUUUAGGCUAAAGACCAGGAGUCAAUGUCUCCGUCUCUGGCUAGAUCUGCUCCCAGUGAGCUCAACCAUUGGUGGAACCAGCUAAGGUUUCGCCUGCAGAACAAAAAAGGAUGGAAUGAGAUGCUGGAUGAAACAUUUCUCUACUACACAAAAAACAUAAACGACAUUCCUCUCUUCUAUGCGGCUAAAAUCAACAGUGCUGGUUGCAUCAAGAAGCUCCUAAGCUGUGCUUCCACCAACAUAUUUGAGAGAGGAGCCUUAGGAGAGACGGCCCUACACGUUGCUGUGAUGAAUGACAACCUGGACGCUGCAGUAGCUCUGAUGGACGGAGCUCCUGAACUCAUCAAUGAGCCCAUGACAUCUGAGCUAUUUCAAGGCAUUACUCCUCUCCACAUUGCUGUUGUGAAUCAGAACCUCAACCUGGUUCAUCACCUGAUCAGCCGCGGAGGAGACGUAAUCAACCCUCGAGUCACCGGUCUGUAUUUCAGGAAGAGGAUAGGAGGACUUUUGUAUUGUGGUGAACACAUCCUGUCUUUUGCUGCUUGUGCUGGUAAUGAAGAAAUCAUCUCUAUGCUGAUUGAUGCCGGGGCAAGCACCAGGAUCCAAGAUUAUCUAGGAAACACACUGCUUCAUGUUUUAAUUCUGCAGCCCAAUAAGACCACAGCCUGCCAGGCCAUUGACCUCAUAUUGGCCCGUGAUGCAGAGCUGGACCAGUCCAUCCCUCUUGACAUGGUGCCCAACAACAGAGGCCUCACACCUUUCAAGCUAGCUGCCAAGGAGGGAAACAUCGUGGUGUUUCAGCACCUAGUUAAUAAGAGGCGUGUCGUCCAGUGGAGUCUGGGCCCCUUGAGCUCCCACCUGUACGACCUAACAGAGAUCGACUCUUGGGCUGACAGCAUGUCAGUGCUGGAGGUUAUAGUGGGUAGCCAAAAGAGAGAGGCGAGGGGAAUCCUGGAGGUGACUCCUGUGAGGCAGCUGGUCAGCCUGAAAUGGAACCUGUAUGGGAAACAUUAUUUCAGAUUGCUUCUGUUCCUGUACCUCCUGUACAUAGUGACCUUCACCCUGUGCUGUGUCUUCCGCCCUCUAAAGGAUGCUGAUGGGAACUACACAGAGACAGACCUGGACAAAACCAUCAGGGUUCAGAAGACACUAAAUGACAGUUAUGUGACUUAUGGGGACAGUGUGCGGCUGGCCGGAGAGGUCAUCAGCGUCCUGGGAGCUUUACUCAUCCUGGUGCUGGAGAUUCCUGAUAUACUGAGAGUUGGAGCCAAGCGUUACUUUGGCCAGACAGCACUAGGAGGACCUUUCCAUGUUAUAUUAAUAAGCUAUGCUUGCUUGGUGGUGCUGCUGUGUGUGUUCAGAACUUGCGAGGUGCAGGGGGAGGCCGAGGUGAUGGCGCUGUGUCUGGUUCUUGGCUGGUGCAACGUCAUGUUCUUCGCUCGCGGGUUUGAAAUGCUCGGUCCGUACGUCAUCAUGAUACAGAAGAUUAUAUUUGGAGACCUGACAAAGUUUAUGUGGCUGAGUUUCAUUGUGCUCAUAGGCUUUUCCACCUCUCUUUGGAUAGUGUACAUGACCCAAGAUCCCAAUUCCCUCCCUGCAUACAACUCCUUCCCCAUCACCCUCUUCUCCCAGUUUGAGCUCAGUGUAGGCCUGAUUGACCUGCCUGUGGAUCACACCUUCAUAACACCCCCCAUCGUCCAUGUGCUACAUGCCAGCUUCUCAGUUGUGUCUUACAUCCUGCUGCUUAACCUGCUGAUUGCCAUGAUGAGCGACACACACUGGAGGGUGGCCCAAGAGAGAGACGAGCUCUGGAGGACUCAGGUUGUAGCCACGACUCUGAUGCUGGAGAGGAGGCUUCCCCGCUGUUUGUGGCCUCGGCUAGGCGUGUGUGGGCUCAGCUUCGGCCUGAAGGAGCGCUGGUAUCUCAGGGUUGAAGAUAGAAAUGAUCCAAUGAUGCAAAAAAUGCGACGUUACGUCAAGGUCUUCUCCAGUCUGGAUGAAAAGGAGGGGAAUGAAAAGUCAGACACAAUGAAGGAAACCCCAAUGCUUCGACCCAAAAACAGAGGAUAUGGCAACAGGAAGGCACAGGCAGGUUGGGAGAUGAUUCGUAACAGCGCUUUAGGUUUGGAGAUGGAGCAAGAGGAGCCAGGGGAGAUGCAGGACAUCAGAUACGUUUGAAAAGAGAUUCUACCUGAUCAAAAUCUAAACUGUUUGAAGAAAUGGACUUGAACAUUUAUCUCUUUUAUGUUUUUCUUUGUAGUAAACUGUGCAAUUAUUCCUGCAGUAUUAAGCAAUAGAGAAGCAUGUUAUUUUUAUUGCAAAUAUAUAUUAUAGGAAUAUAUGUAGCAGCAAUAUAUGCAGCAUAAAAUAUAAUGAAAGAUCCACCUGUCAUAAGAGAAAUAAUUUUUUAUACGAGAAUAAAAGAUUGUUAAAAUAAAAUUACCAACAUUCAUUUAUGAGUCAGCAGGACAUUUAUUUGUAGUACAAAAUAUUAAAAUAUCUAAAUUAAAGCUGGUAAAAGCAAAUAUACUGAUGUACAAACCAUAAAACUCAGUAGUAAAUAUAAUGUGAUGUCAUACAUUAAAUUCAGGCCUUAAAUGUAAUAUUUACACUGUCUAAGAAGCAAUGGAUAUGAUUGGAGUAUGUCAUGCAAACUAAAGCGAUUAUCUGCCUACUGAGGAGAGGAUCUUUGAUGAAACCCAAUUUCCUUCAGAAUUGCAGCUGACAGAUGAAGUAGGCUGAAGCCAGACAGGAAGCCCUGCCCCAGUUCUUCUCAACUGGACCAUCACUGUAGAGAUAGGCACAAUCUUCGUUUUGGACAGGGUCCAUCCAA